AUGAAGAUGCGGCGACGAUCGAGAAUGAAGGUUCUAAAGAUACUGCAGUCCUUUUCGCAAGGGACGUUCAUCGCGUUCUUGUUGCUGUUCUUCGGCGUGGAUUGUAUGGGUGAACCGGGGUACCUGGACUUUGACAAUCUUCCGGAGACGAACUUUACCUGUGCUGGCAAGGUGAUUGGGGGCUACUAUGCCGAUCUGGAGGCGUCCUGUCAGAUGUUCCACGUCUGCACCAUCGGCCAGGGCGACGAACCGAUGGACAUCAAGUUUCUCUGCCUCAAUGGGACGGUGUUCGAUCAGGAAACACGCGUGUGUGAGCGCGUCGACGAGGUCGAUUGUUCCAAAUCAGAAAAAUUCUACUAUCUGAAUCUGGAGCUGUACGGAAACACGAUCAUUCCAUCGCCUGAGGAUGGCAGCUCGGAGGAAGAUGGUAAUGACGGAAGGGACUCAUCAUCCACAACCACCAGUACGACGACAAGCACUACCACGACGACUACUACGACGCCGAAACCACCCACGACAACGACUCCCUCGAGGAGAUUCGUCUUCAACAAUGGAAAUAAGGGCUUCACCCAGCCCAUUUCGUCCUCGACGAUCGCCACUCCGAUGCACGCAUUCUCGAGCACAUCAGUCAAACCUCCCUCCGACGAGGACGACUACGAAUAUGACGACGAGGAGUACGCCGACGACAAACCGGCUGAUCAGGAUUCGGUAGUAGUACCGGCUCUGGAAGAGGAUGGCAGCUUCUCACCGCAGCAGUUCACACUUCAGCAACAGCAGCAGGGCAGCCGUCCAAAAACGGAACCCCCAACCAAGGCGGAAGGAGGUGUCAAACCAGCAGUAUCCUUCCAGCAGCAGCACUUCCAAAAUGGUGGUACUCUGGCAGUGACCAACUCGCAUGUCACUGUCACUACGCACACCACGGGCAAUACAAACGUCUCAAACGGUGGUACCGUUGCAACACCACCGGUCAGUGGCACAAAGACGAAGGCGCAACCCUCUCAGCCACCACUGACGCACAAGCAGAAGCAACAGCUGGAGCAUCAGCGGCGCCAGCAGCAGGAGCAACUGCUCCAACAGCAAGCCAUCACUAAGCAGCACGAGGAACUACAGAAACGCCAGCAAGAGGCUGCCGUCAAACAGCAGCAGAAGGCGCUCCAGCAGCAGCAGAAGCAGGUGCAACAGCACGAAGCGGAGAUCAAGAAUCACCAGGCGCUGUUGCUGCUGCACACGCAGAAGAUCAACCGGCAGCAGCAACAGAAGCAACCCAAUGUCCCUUCAUCGCCUGCUGCUCCAUUGGCCACACAACGGGUCCCGUUUACGACGGGCGCCGGAGCAAGCGGAUUCGGGCCAAGUCAGCAACAGCAGCAGCAAACACAAGCACCAAAGAGAAUUCCGCUGCUGGCUUCGUCGUCACCUCUAGCAUUGCCUUCACCUGUCUCCCCGUUGACACCGUUCCGAUUGAGGGCUCAGGGCUUCAAGCUACCGCCGUCGGUGGCCCCUCAAAUGUCUCCCCAACAACGGCAGGACAUACUGCGCCAGCAGCAACAGCAUCAUCACCAUCCGCAAGAGGAUCGCUUCGAAGGCUAUCGAAGACAACCACCGCCUCAGUAUCCGGUUCGUUUUCAGGUACCGCUGCACCUACCCUUCGAGCAGCAGUUGCGCAACCAGAAGGACAUCUCGCUGCAGUUCGACCCGGAGGUCGAGGAUCUGACGCAGAUUCCGCAGCACAAGGAGCUUAAGCGGUCGGAUCCGCCGUUUCAUCACCAGGGCAAAGGCUCGGUAGGGCCUAAAUCCGAGCCAGCAGCUGUCGGAACGGCAGUAAGCGAUCGGAAGGUCGACAACGGGGGCCAACAGCAGGCGAGCGGGAGUGAGCAGGAGCAGGAUCCGGUGGUGGAGUACGAGUACGACGAGGACUACAGCUCCGAAGGGGAUGAUUCGGAGUCGGGCAAUCCUAGCCUAGAUAGCGUUAAGUCUAACACCAAUAGUGAAUUUGUCAUCGCCAAGAACGCAUCGCCUGGCAAGGUGGGCGACGAUCGCCUGCCAAAGGACGCACACGCCGGUGUGCCCAGAAGUGAUCCAGGAAAAACUAGCACUAAUCCUAGCGCAAAUAGUUCUAGCAAUAUUAGAAGUAGUAUCACCACCAGCAGCAGCAGUAGCAGUAAUAGUGGUAACCAUAGCGGUAGCUUAAGUAGCAGUAACGAUCGUAGCUCUAAGAAACUUUCCAGCAGCAGUGGGAACAGCGGCAGCACCAGCAACACUAGUAGGUUUAUCAUUAACAACGAGCACCACAAGAGCCAUGGCAGCAGUGCGCCACCGAGGGUGCAACCCUCGGCCCGUGUCGGUGUCUCGCCGGUGCCGCCCGGUCUGCCCAAGGUGAUCGUCACGACGAGCACCUCCAUCCGGGACAACUACGGUCGCACGAUCAACUACUCGAUCACCAGCAAUGGCGGAGGUUCGAUCUCGAGCACCGCUUCGCCCGGUAGUACAACGGCGCGGUCUAAGGUGUCACCACCGAGCGCCACGGUCGCCAAUGCCGCCGCAGUCAGGGGCUACGACGAGUACAAAGAGAGCGAUGUACUGAGCGAUCCGUUUUAUCUGGACGUGCCGCGUCAACGUUCCAGAACCAGGCGUGCUCUGGCAGGAGACGGAUCGCGAUCGCGCCGGAAGCGUUUCAUCCUGCUCGUUCCUCGGUUUAUGUAGUCGAGCCUUGAUAGAUCUAUCCGAAAUAAUGCAAUGGCGUGUUCGCGCUUGUAAAUAUUGAUCCGUGUAAAGCAGAGUGCAAGACAGCAGGGACGCAGUUCCAACUCACGAUAAAAUGCAUAAUACUCAUAAAGCCCCUUCUCUUCGGACCUACGAAACAUGCCCUUUUUGUAGACAUCUUGUUAAAUCUUCUCUCUAUCUCUCCUACUCUAUCUUCUUUCUAUUGGGAGCUGUAUGAUCCGUUCUAUUGUUCAUUUAUUAGCUAAUUUAAUGUAAUGUUUUCAACCGCUAUUUUUAUUUAAUUAACCCGCGCAUGUAGUGAUCGCUCAACACUACAUCGAAACUGUCCGAUGUGUUCUGUACAGUACGAAGGAUUGUUUUUUACUUCUCUUUCUUUUAUUAUUUUGGCAGAAGUGAAGCAAACGAGACCGGUUGUUUCAAAUUCGUAAAACUCGAUAUCGCCGUAUGUUUUUUUUUAAAUUUAGUAGUUUUUUGUUUUCCUCUAGCAAAUAAGCAACGAAAUCAUAGUUACAGCAUCAACAAGGUUCCGAUCGCUAGCGCGAUUCCAUUGUACUCAUCCCUAGCAUGUAGUUUUCACAGCCCACGUACGUCUAUCCACUUCUAAUCCAGCCUCCACAGUCCAGCCAAGCCAAUCCCAAGACGUGGAAUAAAUGCAUAGAAUUCCCUAAAUUGAGCGAAGAAAAUCAUGUAAAAAUAAAGAUUAAAGCA